ACGUUCGGUCUUUGCACCUGCACUCCAGUGCAGAGGGGAGUGUGCAGUGUGGCUGUGGGCGGCCUGUACAUGGGGAGAGACGGCGUGCAGCCACUCAGUGUAACCGGGGAGGAGGCCGGCAGUACAACAUCCAGCCUCCAUCUAUAUUCAAGGCUGCUGCCCGCCGAGGACUGGGCGAGAAGAGGGAAUCCCGGGGAUUAGCAGCCAUGGCAUCUGCAGAGGAGGCUUCCUCGGUCCUACUGAGCUCGGUCACUGCCUACUCCCUGGCCGCCUGCGCCGCGCAGAUGGCUGUCGGGUAUGCGCUGGCACAGCGCCUGGGGAAGGGCCGCUCGGGCACCGACAGAUGGGUCCUGGUCUGGCUCUUCUACGACGCUAUCGUGCACUUCACGCUAGAGGGUCCAUUUGUAUACCUUUCCCUAGUGGGCACAGUGGCCACAUCUGAGGGUCCUUUGGCGUCACUGUGGAAAGAAUAUGGAAAAGCAGAUGAGCGUUGGCUUCAUUCAGACCCCACAAUCGUGUCUCUGGAGAUCCUCACUGUGGUUGUGGAUGGCUUGUUGGCUUUAGUGUUGAUUUAUGCUAUUGUCAAGGAUAAGUACUACAGGCACUUUAUACAAAUCACACUAUGUGUAUGUGAAUUAUACGGAGGAUGGAUGACGUUCUGCCCAGAAUGGUUAAUUGGCAGCCCUAAUCUUAACACCUCCAACUGGUUAUAUAAGUGGGUCUAUUUAGUGUUCUUCAAUGGCAUAUGGGUUGUUGUCCCGGUGCUCUUACUCUGCCAAUCUUGGCUGGACCUUCAAAAACUUCAUGUCAGCAAAAGAAACCCUGCAAAGAAGUCCCGAUAAGGAAAUAUGUUGAAAAAUUGGGAUUAUUUUUAUAGUUGUACAUUGGUUUCUUUUUGUUAAAUGAUAUAAUGUUAUAUUUUUAGAAACUGAAGGCUUAAUGUGGGCAGUGGUUUAAAUUUGUUGUUUUUAUCACUUUUGUUUUGCUCAGAGAGUUUAAUAAAGCCCAGUCUCAAAUUUUAAUUAA